AAUGGUUUCCAGGCAGUGAAAGAGGGUGAUUCAGCAAGCCACUCUUCUCCUUCUCCUUCUUUUAAAAAAACCUUCCCUUGUCUUUUUAUUUUUUCAUGGGGGCUGGGGGGCGCUUCUUACAUGCUUACCUUUUGCUUUUCUUUUUUUCAUUUUUACAAAUUUCCUUUUUUCUCCUCACCCCUCAAUUCCCAGGGGCUUGAGUGACUUUAAGAUUGGGUUUUCUUGGACAUCACCUGUCCAUCUUUAAUUUUAAACAUUUUCCCCACCUCCAAAGAACCUGUUCCUUAUCACAGUUUGGAAUGUGGUUAAUGAAAAACAAGUAGGGAGGAUUGGGGGGCGAACUGCUGGAUGAGGAUCGGAGUUCCGAAGCACGGAAUGGCUAGUAUGAGAAAUACCAAGGGCAGGAUCAUCUCAGAUCUUCAUUAUGGCAACUCAUGCAAGAAGCUGUUGAAUUAGAUCCAUUUCCUAUAGAUGAGAAACCAAACAAGCAGUGGUAUUUAUGAGCCUCCAUUUAUUGUACUACUGCAGUGAACCAACCUUGGAUGUGAAAAUUGCCUUUUGUCAGGGAUUCGAUAAACAAGUGGAUGUGUCAUAUAUUGCCAAACAUUACAACAUGAGCAAAAGCAAAGUUGACAACCAGUUCUACAGCGUGGAAGUAGGAGACUCAACCUUCACAGUUCUCAAGCGCUACCAGAAUCUAAAGCCUAUUGGCUCUGGGGCUCAGGGAAUAGUUUGUGCUGCAUAUGAUGCUGUCCUUGACAGAAAUGUGGCCAUUAAGAAGCUCAGCAGACCCUUUCAGAACCAAACGCAUGCCAAGAGAGCUUACCGGGAACUGGUCCUCAUGAAGUGUGUGAACCAUAAAAACAUUAUUAGUUUACUAAAUGUCUUCACACCCCAGAAAACGCUGGAGGAGUUCCAAGAUGUUUACUUAGUAAUGGAACUGAUGGAUGCCAACUUGUGUCAGGUGAUUCAGAUGGAAUUAGACCAUGAACGAAUGUCUUACCUUCUAUACCAAAUGUUGUGUGGCAUCAAGCACCUUCACUCUGCUGGAAUUAUUCACAGGGAUUUAAAACCAAGUAACAUUGUAGUCAAGUCUGAUUGUACAUUGAAAAUCCUCGACUUUGGACUGGCCAGGACCGCAGGCACGAGCUUCAUGAUGACUCCUUACGUGGUGACGCGUUAUUACAGAGCCCCUGAGGUCAUCCUGGGAAUGGGCUACAAGGAGAACGUUGACAUGUGGUCAGUAGGGUGCAUCAUGGGAGAAAUGAUUAAAGGUGCAGUGCUGUUUCCUGGCACUGAUCAUAUUGACCAGUGGAACAAAGUAAUUGAGCAACUAGGAACACCAUGUCCGGAAUUCAUGAAGAAAUUGCAACCCACAGUAAGAAAUUAUGUGGAGAAUCGGCCUAAGUAUGCAGGACUCACCUUUCCCAAGCUCUUUCCAGAUUCCCUCUUCCCAGCGGAUUCUGAGCACAAUAAACUCAAAGCCAGCCAAGCCAGGGACUUGUUGUCAAAGAUGCUAGUGAUUGACCCAGCCAAAAGGAUAUCAGUGGACGAUGCCUUACAGCAUCCAUACAUCAACGUCUGGUACGACCCUGCUGAAGUGGAGGCGCCUCCACCUCAGAUAUAUGACAAACAGUUGGAUGAAAGAGAACACACCAUUGAAGAAUGGAAAGAACUUAUCUAUAAAGAAGUAAUGAAUUCAGAAGAAAAGACUAAAAAUGGUGUCGUAAAAGGACAACCUUCUCCUUCAGGUGCAGCAGUGAACAGCAGUGAGAGUCUCCCUCCAUCCUCGUCCGUCAACGACAUCUCCUCCAUGUCCACCGACCAGACCCUGGCGUCCGACACUGACAGCAGCCUGGAAGCCUCGGCGGGACCCCUGGGUUGUUGCAGGUGACUAGCCGCCUGCCUGCGAAACCCAGCGUUCUUCAGCAGAUGAUGGGAUGGAACACACACACCCGCACACACAGAACCGUACACACACAAGCGCAGACACGCAAUGACAUGAACACAGCAAGGGAGAGAAUCCAGCCUAAAUUGAAACAAAUCUUUCAGCCUGCUUCUUCUCCAGAGUGCUCUAUUGCAGCUAAGGCAGAUGCAUAUUUAACUUCUAGUUGCUCUUGCUUUGAUCUUCUUCCAAUGAUGCUUACUACUGAAGGCAAAUCAAACACAAUUAGGGAAGCCUUUUCCAUAAAGUGUAAUUUUAAUGGCUGCAAAACCAGCGACCUGUAACUGCCCUUUCAAAUGGCAUGACAAGGUGUGCAGUGGCCCCAUCCAGCAUGUGUGUGUCUCUAUCUUGCAUCUACCUGCUCCUUUUGGCCUAGUCAGAUGGAUGUAGAUACAGAUCCGCAUGUGUCUGUAUUCAGACAGCACUGCUUACUUAGAGAUGCUACUGUCAGUGUCCUCAGGGCUCUACCAAGACAUCAUGCACUGGGGUACCACCUGGUCCAUUUCAUGUGAUCUAUUACUCUGACAUAAAACCCAUCUGUAAUAUAUUGCCAGUAUAUAAGCCGUUUAGUUUGUUAAUUGAUUAAGCUGUAUGUCUUAUAAGAAAACAUGUAAAAGGGGGAAACGUGGGGGGAGUGAGCUCUCUCGGACCCUUGAAGAUGUAGCUCCCAAAUUUGAACUGAUUAAAUGGCACCUGUAUACCAA